CACAUCUCGAUGCCACGAGCAUGAUAUCAGCUUUCAAUCCAUCAAAUGUCAGGCUCAGUGACGAGUGCCAAGCUUCAUAGUCGGCUCGAGAUACUGUAAUGGUGUGCACAUACUUUCAGCUCCGGUUGCCUUGCUGAUGUUCUGUGUCGCAUAAGCUCGGGCAAACUCAUGAAAGGGAAGCACCAGCUGUAAGAAACAAGAAAACCGUCAUCAUUAAACUAUAUAAACCCAGAGCUUCACGGUCUGUGGCAGUGAGGAUAGAAUCUGCAACUCGAUAACGCACUUUUACAACAUAGUCUUCCAGAUAUCAUCAUGAGAUACCAAUCACUUCUCAUCUCCUCUAUUUCAGUACAGAUCGCAUCAGCGGCGCUCAACGAGCCCUGCUAUGGCUCCGGUGGUAGAGCCGGUGUCUGCGUAACUACAAGCUCGUGCUCCUCGAACGGAGGUACAACGGUUGAUGGUGCUUGUCCGGCCGAUGCUUCCAACAUCAAGUGCUGCACCAAAGCUCCUUGCGGAAGUGGAGGGAAUUGCCGUUGGACAAGCGACUGUGCAGGAACGUCUGCUUCCAAUCAGUGCCCAGGUCCAAGCGGCUUCAAGUGCUGCUCCUCCACUGUCACAGGAUUCGGCGUUUAUGACGAUCCAACCGUUCCACCUGUUGGUGCCUGUAAGCAGGUUGCAGUCAGCGGCGCAAAGAAAAUUGUGGCAGCAUUUCCAGGGAGGGUUAGGCAGAUCUACUGCACUCGCGACUGCACAUGCCCUGGCGACUCUGAUCACUGCUGCGGUAAAGCGACAGAUAUGAUGUGCUCUGAUGCUGGUGGUGUCCCCACUAUCUCUGGCAAAGAGAUUGCUGAGUGGGUCAUGAACAACCGUGGAACGCUCGACCUCAAGUAUGUUAUUUGGGGCCAGAAGAUCUGGAAUCCUUCUCAAGACUCUGUCAAGUCUUGGUCCAGCUGGCGAAGCAUGGACGAUCGCGGUGACUUUACCGCGAAUCACUGGGACCAUGUACACGUGAGCUACAACUAGAUGCGAGGGGAAUACUUCGCAUCAAUCAUGGCUAAACGUCAGAAUUUGGAAGAGGCGUGUGGGAGCAAGACAAGGAUCUGCCCGUGUACCCAGUAACAGACAGACAAUUUCGGUCCCAAAGAUGAUCCUUCAGAUGGCACAUCGAAAUCUGCGCAUGCCAAAUUUUGUUGUUGUG